CAUUUUAUUUUCUCUGCCUGUACAAAUCAAAUCAAAUCAAAUUGGGAUAUAAAUAUCUCACGCGGGCCAAGAAAUCAACAAUACAUUACAUACCCCACGUGUUGGAUUCUACAAUUAAUUAUUGCUGAAUAUUUCAGUAGCAUGAACUAUGAAGUAUGAAGUACUUCAAUUCAAUAAUUCAUGGCGAAUUUCCCAAAUAUAUAAACUCUGAAAUAGGGGGAACCACUCACUCCGCCGCAUAUUCCCCUAACUCAUUUCCCACUAUUCCUCCACAACCAGCUGCUGAAUGCUAAGUAGAAACUAAGAAUUCGUCGACUUUUCUGGGUUAGAGCUACAAAGUUACAAAGCUACCAUCUUUGAGGAUAAUGGCAGGUUGUUCUUCGAAUUUUGGGGUGGCACAUGCGGUUAGUGUAAGGAGAGAAUCCGUUUUGAUGAAACUGGUAAGUCAAGAUUCAAGUUUGGACAGGUUGAGUUUCAGGGGGGUUUUGAAAGAAUCUGCAUUUCCAAUCAUUUGUCUUAACAAGUGCAAUAGAUCUCUACGGAAGAAAAAAACAUUUUUCAUAAUGAGUAUGUCACAGUUGCCACCUGAAUCACAAUCCGAUGUAACUACAAUAAAGGUUUCGGAAGGGGGAGGCGAGAGUGUCAUGGAUAAUGACCAUAAAUUUGGGGACUCUUUAACUAAUAGAGAUGAUAAUAACAGAGUUGUGAUUGAUAGUAGUGGUGGUAACGGGAGCUUUGGAGGUGGUGGAGCUGGAGAUGGAAGUGGUGGUGGUGGUGGCGGUAGUGAUGAUGAUGGAGGUAACAAAGAAGAAGAUGAGUUUGGGCCAAUAUUGAAAUACGAGGAGGUAAUGAGAGAGACACAGGCUCGUGGGGCUACCCUUCCUUCGGAUAUGUUGGAGGCUGCUAAGACUGUGGGAAUCCGCAAGGUGCUUCUUCUUAGAUAUUUGGACAUGCAGGGAUCUUUCUGGCCUUUGGGAUUUGCCAUGAAAUAUUGGUCUGCACUUCGCAAUCGAAUGCUGGCUGAUCCGUCGUUUCUUUUCAAAAUUGGCUCAGAGAUUGUCAUUGAUUCUUGUUGUGCCACUUUUGCCGAAGUUCAAAAGAGAGGUGACGACUUUUGGUCUGAAUUUGAGUUGUAUGUCGCGGAUCUUUUGGUUGGUUUGGUUGUCAACAUUGCCUUGGUAGGUAUGUUGGCACCCUAUGCCAGAAUCGGGAAACCAUCAGUAUCUAGUGGAUUCCUUGGAAGACUACAGAAAGCCUAUGCCUCUUUGCCUAGCAGUGUAUUUGAAGCUGAAAGGCCAGGAUGUAGGUUUUCCGUACAACAAAGACUCGGAACAUACUUCUUCAAGGGCAUAAUGUAUGGAGCCGUUGGAUUUGGAUGUGGCAUUAUAGGCCAAGGCAUUGCCAAUAUGAUCAUGACUGCAAAACGGAACAUAAAGAAAUCAGAGGAGCAUGUACCUGUGCCACCUCUUGUGAAGAGUGCAGCUCUUUGGGGUGUCUUCCUCGGUUUGUCUUCUAACACCCGAUACCAGAUCAUUAAUGGACUAGAACGCUUGGUCGAAGCGUCACCGGUGGCGAAACAAGUCCCCGCAGUUGCCAUGACUUUCACCGUUGGUGUGCGUUUCGCCAACAAUGUGUAUGGUGGUAUGCAGUUUGUUGACUGGGCUAGGUGGAGUGGAGUGCAGUAACUGCUUUAUCUUGUUUUAAUGUAGCUUGAAGAUGUAUGUUUCUAGUAAAAUGGAACCAUCAAUGAAAACCAUACAUUGCUGAAAUUUCCACCACAGGUUCAUUGAUA